AUGAUCUGCCAGAAACAUGAGAAACAUCUGGAAAUGUACUGUAUGACUGACCAACAAUACAUUUGUGUGCUGUGUACAAAAUAUGAACAUAAAAAUCAUGACACUGAAUCAGCUGCAACACAGAGGACAGAGAAACAGAAGCAGCUGAAGGAGACGCAGAAGACGUUCCAGCAGAGAAUCCAGCAGAGAGAGAAAGAUCUUCAGCAGCUGAGAGAGGCUGUGGAGUCUCAUAAGCGCUCUGCACAGACAGCAGUGGAGGACAGUGAGAGGAUCUUUACUGAGCUCAUCCGCCCUAUUGAGAGAAGCUGCUCUGAGCUGAAACGGCUGAUCAGAGAUCAGGAAAAGACUGCAGUGAGUCGAGCUGAAGAACAACUGGAGCGACUGGAGCAGGAGAUCAAUGAUCUGAGGAGGAGAGACGCUGAGCUGGAGCAGCUGGAGCACACACAGGAUCACAUCCAGUUCCUGCAGGUAACAGAGAUCUAG